AUGGAGUUUGAGUUGUUGAUCUUGCAAUGUGUACUGAUACUGUGCAUGUGGGCCAUGAUCAUGCAGCGGCAAAAUCGACGGAGGGAAGUGCUUGGGCAGCUUCCGCCAGGCCCGAGAGGGUGGCCCGUGGUGGGGAACAUCUUCCAGUUGGGCUGGGCUCCUCACCGUUCGUUCGCUCGCAUGGCUCGUGAACAUGGCCCGAUCAUGACCAUUCGGCUUGGGUUGAUGAGGACGGUUGUGAUUUCAUCAGACGAGGCGGCACGUGACAUGUUCAAGAACCAUGAUACAGUGCUGGCUGGCCGGAAAGUCUAUGAAGUCAUGAAGGGUAGCUCUGGCAAUGAAGGUUCGUUGAUCACAGCCCAAUAUGGACCACAUUGGCGAAUGCUGAGGCGACUCUGUACAUCGGAGUUCUUCACCAUAAGCCGUCUUGAUGCCAUGCGUGACGUGCGUGCGAGGUGUGUGAACCGCAUGGUGCAGUACGUAGAAGAGGCCAGUACACAUAAGGAAAAUGUGGUCGAUGUGGGACGGUUUUUCUUCUUGAUGUCUUUCAAUCUCAUUGGGAAUCUCAUGUUCUCGAGGGAUCUCUUGCAUCCAAACUCAAAGAUGGGGGCAGAGUUCUUUCACCAUGCAGGUAGGAUUAUGGAGCUAGCCGGGAAGCCGAAUGUAGCUGAUUUCUUGCCAUUGCUUAGGUGGGUAGAUCCUCAAGGAAUAAGGAGGAAGAUGGAUUUCCAUGUCGGAAGGGUAUUCGAUAUGGCGGGUAGGAUCAUCAAAGCACGGCUAGAGGCUGAGGGGGGAAAGGACUUUUUGGAUGCGUUGUUGGAAUUCGAAGGCGAUGGAGACGAGGAGCCCACAAAAUUGUCGCCGAGGACUAUCAAUGUCAUCGUCCUGGAGAUGUUCAUCGCGGGUACUGACACUACAACCAGCACCUUGGAGUGGGCCAUGGCAGAGCUUCUUCAAAACCCGAAGGUCAUGAUCAAGGUCCAAGCCGAGCUACGUCAAGUCGUGGGUCCAAACCGAAAGCUAGAAGAGCAGCACAUGGCUGAGCUCCCGUACUUAAAGGCAGUGAUUAAGGAGACUCUAAGGCUCCACCCUCCUCUACCUUUCCUAGUCCCCCACAGGGCCAUGAACUCAUGCAAAAUGCAAGGCUACUAUAUACCGGAAGACACUCAAGUGCUUGUUAACGUAUGGGCCAUAGGAAGGGACCCCAAGACAUGGGUCGAACCCACGGAAUUCAGGCCAGAGAGGUUCAUGGAAUUGAGCCAUGUGGACUACAGGGGGCGCCAUUUCGACUUCAUACCAUUUGGGUCCGGUCGACGCGUGUGCCCGGCAGUCCCACUCGCCUCGCGCCUGCUCCCUCUGGCUCUGGGGUCUCUCUUCCACUCCUUCAACUGGACCCUGGCCGACGAUCUUAAGCCCGAAGACAUAGACAUGAGCGAACGGAUGGGGAUUACGCUAAAGAAAGCUGUGCCAUUGAGAGCCAUAGCCACACCCUACAAGGGAUGGGCGACCGACGGCUCAGAUUAG